GGCUGUUCUCUCUGCUCCCAUACAUAGGGCAAACCGAGAAGAAGUGGAAGAAGACAAGGAAGAGAGAGGGAGUUAGCCUACAAACUAUACUCCACGCUUGAGGAGCGAUUCUGAAGAAACCCUAGAGAGGAAUUAGAGAUUUGGGAAUUAAUGAGCAGCAGAGCCAAGAAUUUCCGCCGCCGUUCCGACAACGGUGAUGCCCAUGGAGAGGAAAAGUCCACCCCAACUCCCGCCGCCGCCACAAACUCCAGCUCCGCCUCUGCCACCAGUAAGAGCCAAACCCUGGCCAUAACGAAACCAAAGAGCUCGAAACCGGAGGGACCGAAACGCCUUAGCUUUGCUGAUGAUGAGGAGGAGGACGGCGGGGCCGUCGUGGCCCCUCGCCGGCCCUCCAAACCCGUUCCCUCGAUCCAUAAGCUCUCCUCCGCCAAGGAGCGCUCAAAAAUCUCAUCUUUGGCCCCUCACAUCCCUUCCAAUGUCCAGCCGCAGACUGGUGAGUACACCAAGGAGAGGCUCCUUGAGCUCCAGAAGAACGCGCGCCCCCUCGGUAGCAUGCCCCGGCCUAAGCCAUCUCCUUCCUUCUCCGAGCCCAAACCUCAGAAGAAGCCUGAUCCCCCUGCAGAACCUGUUAUCAUCCUUAAAGGCCUCGUGAAACCAGUCUCCACUACAACCCCUGGGCAGGAUGGUGAGAAGGGAGCUGCUUCGAAACGUCGGGAAGAUGAAGAGGAAGAAGAGGAAGACGGGAUGGAUGAAGAUGAGGAGAGGCGCGAUGCCGCGGAGAAGGGGAGAAAAUUGCCACCGAUACCUGAUCGGGCAACGAUCGAUGCUAUCCGGGCCAAGAGAGCCCAGCUCCAACAGCCACGUCGCCCUGCACCAGAUUACAUCUCUCUUGAGGGUGACCCUUUGGCGGGUGGGUCUAGCGAUGAGGAGGAGAACGAUUUCGAGGGCAGGGUUGCUUUGUUUGGAGGCAAGAUGGAUGGUAGGCCAAAGAAGGCAGUUUUUGAGGGUGUGGAGGGGAGAGUUGCUGUAGCCGAGGCGAGGAUUGUUGAUGGUGGAUACGGAGAGGUGGCUGAUGAUGGAGAUGAUGAUGAGGAUGAAGAAGAGAGGAAAUGGGAAGAGGAGCAGUUCAGGAAGGGGUUAGGAAGGAGAAUUGAUGAGGCAUCAACUCAGAGAGGGGUUAAUAGCAUUCCAACAAUUCCACCCAUCCAGCCAAAGGUUUCUGUUUACUCAGGAGGUGCUCUUCAGUCCUCAAUGAGCAAUAUAUCUCUUGGGCCAGCUUCUAUUGGAGUCUCAAGGAGUGCGGAGGUCAUGUCCAUUCCCCAACAGGCUGAGGUCGCCACCCGUGCUCUGCAGGAGAACAUCAGCAGGCUAAAGGAAACCCACAACAUAAGCAUGAAUUCAUUGGUUCGGACUGAUACACAACUUUCUGAGGCGCUCUCAGAAAUUACCUCUUUGGAGAGGUCUCUGAAAGCUGCUGAUGAGAAGUAUGUCUUCAUGCAACAGCUCCGUGACUUCAUCUCAGUGAUGUGUGAUUUCUUACAUGACAAGGCCUAUUUCAUUGAGGAGCUGGAAGAGCAGAUGCAGAAGCUUCAUGAGCAGCGGGCCUUAGCUGUUGUAGAAAGAAGAGCUGCUGAUAUUGCUGAUGAAGCAAAUGAAGUGGAAGCUGCUGUAAAUGCAGCAAUAUCAGUUCUAAAUAAAGGCUCUUCAGCUGCUUAUAUUUCUGCAGCGACAACUGCAGCACAGGCUGCUGCUGCUGCUGCUCGAGAAAAUUCCAAUUUAUCCGUUGAAUUGGAUGAGUUUGGUAGGGAUGUCAACCUACAGAAGCGCAUGGAAUUUACGCAGAGGACUGAAGCCAGGAAGCGAAGGAAGGUUCGGUCUGAAUCAAAAAGAAUGUCGUCAAUUGGGAAGGAUAAUGUAUUUGAGCUGAUUGAAGGAGAGGCGAGCACCGAUGAGAGUGACAGCGAGAAUAGUGCAUAUGAGUCUAGCCGCAAUGAGUUGCUACAAGCUGCUGAACAGAUUUUUAGUGAUGCAUCUGAGGAGUACUCCAGCCUUAAAAUUGUUAAGGAAAGGUUCGAAAGAUGGAAGAACCAGUAUUCAUCGGCUUAUCGAGAUGCUUAUGUGUCUCUAACUGCGCCAACAAUAUUCUCCCCAUUCGUGAGAUUGGAGCUUUUGAAGUGGGACCCUCUGUAUGGCACAACAGAUUUCUUUGACAUGGAGUGGCACAAGCUGCUAUUUAAUUAUGGGUUGCCAGUGAAAGAUCAUGACUUCGAUCCUGAUGAUGCCGAUGCUAAUCUUAUUCCAGAACUAGUUGAAAAGGUAGCUCUUCCCAUUUUACAACAUGAAAUUGCACACUGCUGGGACAUGUUGAGCACCCAAAUGACUAAAAAUGCAGUAUUUGCCACAAAUAUGGCCAUUAACUAUGUUCCAGCUUCUAGUAAGGCAGUACGUGAAUUGUUGGCUGUUGUUCAUAGUCGUUUGGCAGAGGCCAUCACCAAUCUCAGUGUGCCUGUUUGGGGUACAGUUGUAACAAAUGCUGUGCCAGGUGCUGCACAAAUUGCGGCUAAUAGGUUUGGUAUGUCUGUUCGUCUGCUCAGAAAUAUUUGCUUGUGGAAAAAUAUCCUUGCGCUGCCAGUCUUAGAGAAGCUUGCUCUUGAAGAGCUCUUGAGGGGGAAACUUCUGCCUCAUGUUAGAAGUAUCAUGUCCAAUAUUCAUGAUGCUAUUACAAGGACAGAAAGGAUAGUUGCAUCACUGUCAGGGGUUUGGUCAGGUCUUGGGAUUACUGUAGAACCCAGUCAGAAGCUGCGGCCUUUGGUGGAUUGCAUUGCAGAGCUAGGAAGCAAGUUGGAGAGGCGGCAAGCAUUGGGCGUGAGCGAGGAGGAGACCCGUGGUCUUGCUCGCCGUUUAAAGAAUGUGUUGGUUGCUCUUCAUGAGUAUGACAAAGCUAGAGCUAUGUUGAGGACCUUUCAGCUCAAAGAGGCACUUUGAGGCUGAGCAGACAUUCUCACCCUUGUAAAGCAAGCUUUUCCUUUCAAAAAGCACCCAGGUUCUGAAGCCUUGGCUGUCAGAACAUAUUGUACUUUACAGAGAAGUUUUGAUUGUAUCGAAAUAUGCAAAUUCCACUUUUGAAGUGCAUAUAUUGGCCAUAUUAACCAUCGAUUUUUCCUUUUUGGUG